CUGAUGAUGUCACAUGACAUCAAAAUGGCGGAUGGGGAUGAUUUGGAUGAGGAUAAGAAAACUAUAGAUGCAAAUGACAGUGUUGUCGAAAUGAAUGGAGAAAAUGACGAAGACGAUUUGUAUGAUGGAAGUGAUCUUGAAAGUCUUGUGGAUGGAUGUGCUCAAGAAUAUAGUGAUCUGAACAACACUUUAGACAAACUGGAUGAAUGUCUGAACACUCUGGAAGAGAGAAGUGAUGAUCUUUAUUCCAAGUUCAAGGACCUUCUCGAGUCCAGUCGACAGGCCAGGCAGGAACUGGAGGAAGAACGUCGUAAAGGUGAAGAUGUCAGCAUCCCAGACAGUGAAACAAAGGACAGUUCAUAGUCCAUCAUCUAAAUUACUAUGUGCAGUCCGACCAGUCUGAAUACACUGAAAACAAAACCAGGCAUGAACCUUUAAGGUCACCAUCAAGGGCUAUCGGUAGACUUCAGACCUGCUUGAUCAUGUGACAUCAAUCAGUAAUGAUGAAAUUCCUAUUUUGCCACACUGCACUACAUGAACAAUUAAGAUUUUCCUAUGACUGAGAUAGCUUGCUCAGUUAUGGGUGAUAAUGACUUUAACAUGUCUUCUCAGAGGUAUAUUUAGAAAUAGCUCCAUGUAUACUCCAGGGAAAGCCAUAACAGAACAUUUACUGGGGAUGCUUUCAGCUUCUUUUUUCGUGGCAGUUUGGGUUAAUUCUGCUGUAUUCUGGCAUUCCAAAUGUAGUAAUUUAGAGAGAUGAAUGUACAAAAUUCUUCAGGAAAACAUACUACAAAUGUAUCAGGACUUUAUGUAACUAAAAAUGAUAUAUUAAUCCAUUAAUCAUCAUUGUACUUUUUAUCACCUACAGAUUGAAAUCACAUUUUAAGAUGAUUUAGAUAAUCCUGUACAAUCUGUUUUUAAAUAUUUAUUUAUUUUCAAAAUCUGUACACCUAAUAUAAAUAUGUAUUGCUUCCAAGCUGAUCAAAAAUAGAUUUCAGUGAAAACUUUCUUUAUUGUCCCCAUUAUGCAUCAUUUUCCAUAAUGAUAAGUGUUCUCCUUUUGUAAACAGUAUUGAUCAAACUGUGAAGCCAUUUACACAAUACCAUCAUUUUUAGUUUAUGUAUAGCUGUCUGGAUUCCACUUCAUCUGGAAGUGUUUGAAAGGCAUAUAAUUUUAUAUGUAGUUCUAGUCAGGUCCUGUGAAAUAUCUGUCAAUAUUUUCGUCAUUGUAAAUCCUUAUUUAUCCGCAUCAUUUCAUAAUUUUUAAAGAUUAGCUGGUUGGAUGGGAAAUGAUAGUUUUCAAACUUUAAACAGCACCUAUCCACUGAUGCAGACUGGCACCAGCCUGCUCAUCAGAUUGUUUUGUUCCCACGGGAUUGGGGUAUUUUUAAGUUUCAGGUGGUGUCACAUGUUAUCAUUAUUUUUCCGGCAAAGAUACAGAAAGAUGGAAAUGGCGCACAUUGGUCUUAGAAUGUCUCUAGAUAAAACAUUCAAUGAAUUAUGUGUAAUAGUUAUAUAUAAGGAGGGCAUUAUGUAACUGUAAAGCUUAAAUGUUUCAUUAUUGUUGCAAGUGUUCAGAAAGUGACCCUUCAAAGAAGUGUAAUUUUUACAUAUAUUUUGUUGGAAUAUACUUAAAGUACACCUCGGGUAUAACAUUGUAGGCUCAAUACUACAGCAAGUUUACUGCAGAAUAGAAACAUUCAAUGGGUUUCUUAGGGUAGUGGUCUUUCACUGCUAAUAAUGUUUGUUGACAUAAUCCAUUCCUGAAAGUAAUGGAUAAUGAUAUUAAAUUUUUUCAUAAGGUUUCGCACCAAGAAUACGUUAAUCACAGAACAUCUUCUCAGUUACAUAAUGACAACUCCUGAGAAUAACCACCUUGAUGAUAUUCCGGAACAGAUUCCAUGUGUGAAAGGCAAUAUAGGGGUGAAAAUUGUAUGAAUGGAUCUUCUACAAUCAUUGAUACCAGAAUUUUCCCUAAAAGGAGAAAAGAGUGAGUAUGUCACAAAAAAUGCUGCUCC